AUGCGUUGGUUUGCGUUUUGGAUGAACGGUUGCGCAAGAAUUAUCUAUCCACUUUUGAUUACGUUCAUCAUGGCUGCGGACGGCAAGUUCUUCGCGUACGCGUGUCUGGGUCCGAGGCAGAAGUUCGAACCGUUUCACUACGAGCCGGCCCCGCUGGGACCCAACGACGUGCAGAUUAAAGUCACGCAUAACGGCCUGUGCCACACGGACCUGCACAUGCGCGACAACGACUGGAACAACGCGACGUACCCGUUAGUAGCAGGCCACGAGGUGGUGGGCAUAGUGGAGCAGGUCGGCGACAACGUCACCACGCACAAAGUUGGCGACCGCGUGGCCUAUGGCUGGCUUCGUAAUUCCUGUCGCUGCUGCCUGUCGUGCGUGCGCGGGGAGGAGAACCUGUGCGCGGAGGGCUACACGGGGCUCAUCCUGAACGGCAACAAGGGCGGCUUCCAGCCGCGCCUGCGCGCGCCCGCUGAUUUUGCCAUCAAGCUUCCGGAUGGAUUGGAUUCUGUCGAUGCCGCUCCCCUCAUGUGUGCGGGCAUCACGGUAUACAGCCCCCUGCGCGCGCACAUAACUCGCCCAGGCAUGAAGGUGGGCGUGGUGGGCAUAGGUGGUCUCGGUCAUCUCGCUUUACAGAUCGCCCGAGCCAUGGGGGCGCACGUGACUGCCUUCUCAACCACUGCCAGCAAGGAGGCCGAGGCGAGGAGCAUGGGCGCGCAGCAGUUUGUGGUGUAUGAUGCAAACGCUGCCCCUGGGGGGGGGCAUCCGGAGGUGCCUAAGAGCGCACAUGUGGAUGUGCUGGUGAACUGCGCGCCUGUCUUGCCGCCCAACGGCGACUACAGGAACUUCAUGAGCCUGCUGAACCCCGACGGAACGCUCGUGCUGACUGGGAUUCCGCCUGAUGCCAUCGGGCAGGUGGGCCUGCUGGAUCUCAUUUUCGGGCAGAAGAAAUUUGCGGGGUCGGUGGUGGGCGGGCGGAUGAUGCUGAAAGAAAUGUUUGACUUCUGCGCUGCUAACAGCAUCAAGCCCCCCGUGACUGUGGUGAGUGUGGGUGUGACUGUGGUGAGUGUGGGUGUGACUGUGGUGAGUGUGGAUGUGACUGUGGUGAGUGUGGGUGUGACUGUGGUGAGUGUGGGUAUGACUGUGGUGAGUGUGGGUGUGACUGUGGUGAGUGUGGAUGUGACUGUGGUGAGAGUGGAUGUGACUGUGGUGAGUGUGGAUGUGACUGUGGUGAGUGUGGGUGUGACUGUGGUGAGUGUGGGUGUGACUGUGGUGAGUGUGGAUGUGACUGUGGUGAGUGUGGAUGUGACUGUGGUGAGUGUGGGUGUGACUGUGGUGAGAGUGGAUGUGACUGUGGUGAGAGUGGAUGUGACUGUGGUGAGAGUGGGUGUGACUGUGGUGAGUGUGGGUGUGACUGUGGUGAGUGUGGGUGUGACUGUGGUGAGUGUGGGUGUGACUGUGGUGAGCGUGGGUGUGACUGUGGUGAGUGUGGGUGUGACUGUGGUGAGUGUGGGUGUGACUGGUGAGUGUGGGUGUGACUGUGGUGAGUGUGGGUGUGACUGUGGUGACUGUGGGUGUGACUGGUGA